AUGUUGAAUGAAAAUGUUACUAAUGAAGAUGAUUUGUUCCCAGACCCCUUUGAUAGUGAGAUGCCACACAAUCAAGUUCCGGAGACUGAAGGUACUGAAGAAGUGUAUCGGGUCAACAUUGAUGAGGAAACCCAUCCUUCGAACGAGUUUACUUACGAACAUAUCCGGCGUAGUUCUUCAACCGUUGAUCCAAUCCAAAUUCCAACUUCCAGAGUUCAAAACCGAAAUACAAUGGCUGGCUUUAGGGAGUUUCAGCGCCAAAGUAUUCAACAAUUACGCCCAAAUGCAUUUGACCAAGAUGAUUAUAACGAGUUUGAUGUGGCUGUGAAGAUUUUCGAAUCGAUGGAGCUGCCCAAUGACACAGACUUUUACUGGGCAUGCAUUCGAGUAUUUAGAGAAGAUGCAUUCUGGCGUAGUCCAUCUUCUGGUGGUAAUAAUUCAUGGGGUCAGACUUCAAGUAGUCAAUGGGGUCCUGGAUUUCAACAAUGGGGCACACCACCAAAUGCUCAACAAUGGGGCACACCACCAAAUGCUCAACAAUGGGGCACACCACCAAAUGCUCAACAAUGGGGCACCACCAAAUACUUCACAAUGGGGAGCACAACAAAAUACCCAACAAUGGAGUUCACCGCCAAUAGCUCCACGAUGGGGAACACCUCCAAAUAG